CUACAAGAGGGAUAAAAUUGAUUCCAAUUCAAGUCGGUCCGCUGUACUUCUCGAAGUGCAUUUCUACAUCUUUUUUAGCUGUUUAUAGUUUAUAGUUUAGUGAUAUUAUGAAGACCAGCGCGUACGUCUGGGGUGCUUUACUAGUUCUUAACUUGUGUCUGUUCCGAUGUGGUGUCGCCGACACGGUCGUCGAAAAAAUCAGCAAUGAUCCCGACUUAUCAGAGUUUUAUUCGCUUCUGGAAGCCAGUAAACAAGCCAAAGUCACUCUACAGUAUAAACAAGUCACAAUAUUCGCGCCGACGAAUUCCGCGUUCCAAAUGUACGGAGGCCCCAUGGACGACCCCAACUCGCUGGUGCUAUAUCACAUGACUAGUGCACCGAAGCGGACUGAUCAGUUGGGAACAUCUUCGACAUCUUUGUACUCAGAGCUGGAAGGAAGUCCGCCUGUUUGGAUAACUCAUAGACAAGGUCAAUAUCACGACGACAUAUUUGUAAAUAAUGCCCGGUUAUUAUAUAGCCAAUCGAACAUUUUGGGAAGCCAGAGCAACGGAAACGAACAGGUCCUACAUAAAAUUGAUGAAGUGUUGGUUCCUACAAGAUCACCCCAAUCAGCAUCCAGGAAACUGUUUAAUCCAACGGCUUUGGAAUUCUUGGAAAACUACGAAUCUCUCAUUCAAAACCCCCACCGAGUAAGGAUUUUCCGCCAAAAGGUUCAACAGAACAACAAACAAGACAUUUUCAAGACCGAAGGCGGACACACGUAUUUCAUACCGGUUGACGAAGGUUUUAAGAAUGAGAGGGCCGCGUUUAUCGACGACAAAAUUAUCGAUGGUCACGUCAUACCCAAGCAGGUGCUGUUCACGAACCCCACCAAGAAAGACAUGCCCUUCCAGACGUUGGCUAACGGAGACAAUGACAUCAGGGUGGUGAUUUCGUUCACUCAGGAACAACGUGGUCAUACAGUUAUCAAUUAUGUGAAAAGUCAUACACUUUUGGGAGACGGCAAACACACUCCAGGAGUAGUUUUAGCAGAGAUCGUUAAACCCAACAUCCCAGUUAAAAACGGCGUCAUCCACUUAAUACAAAAACCAUUAAUGGUAGUGGACAGCACAGUUAAAGACUUACUAGAGGAAAAAGAUGGAGGAAUUCUCAACAACUUUGUAAACGCCAUUAAAGAUUUGGGACCAGAGGGUGCAGAUUUCUUGAACAAGUUGGAAAGAUCGCAUGAUGUCACAUUAUUUGCACCAUGUAAUACGGCUUUAGAAGGCGAUCUCACAUUAAAUUCCAUAUUGCGUGACAAGCAACGGUUUUUGGACAUUCUAAACAUGCAUUUGGUAGUCGACAAUCGCCUUUAUGUAGAAAAAAUUCUUACUAAUAACAGGAACAAGGUAUUCCAAGCUCGCACAUUAAGUAGAGGCAAAAAUCUAUACUUUAAUGUGGUGGAUCAUGGAAACAAUAGGACGAUGACUGUAGAAGGUGGUGGUGUAAACGCGACAGUUAUUCAAGCUGACUUAGCCGCAACUAAUGGUAUUAUCCAUAUCAUUGAUAGAGUUCUGGGUGUUCCAUGCACCACCAUUUUGGAUAAACUUCGUACCGAUCCAAUGUUGAAUUUGACCUAUUACUUAGGCAAUCUUCAAUCGUUUAAUAGACAGUUAAAUGAUACCAACAGGAAAUUCACUUAUUUUGUACCAAGAGACAAGGCUUGGUUGGAUGCACGUAUACUUAUUCCUUCUACUAUUAAGAAAUUAUUUAUGCAUGAAUUUGCAUAUCACGCCACAAAAAUUUUGGAACGUCAUUUGAUUAUAUCAGAUGUUAAUGAACCACCGUACACGAUAGAAAGAAUCAAACAGUUAACAACAAACAGUACAAAAACAUAUGGGUCAUUCGUAUCCAAUUACGUUGAACUGCCAACAGUUAGAGGAUCUUUGAAACUGUAUAUUGAAGAACGCCCAAAUAGCACUUUUGUAAUCAACUGGAGAGGUGAGAAGAUCCCAAUAUUUAGACCAAAUGUAGAAUGCACCAAUGGAAUUAUUCACGUAAUAGAUGUUCCUCUACUUCAAGAACGUGAUAUUAAAGUCAAUGGAGCCACCCAAAUUCAAUUCACUUGCUUACUAGCAGUUUUAUUCAUCUUCGUCUUGUACUUUUAAAUUCGAUACGAAUUUGUGCAUUUAGGGUUUUUCGUCAUUGCAAAAUAAAGAAUUGUACAUGUAACGCGUCCAAAGUAGCUUCGUUUUAAUUUUUCUAUUUUGACAUUGUUUAAACACUAAAGACACAGAAAUAUAUUUUAUUAAUGGCUUAUGCUUGAUUACGUUACACAAUCACAAAUUCUUCUAAAAUCAAAAUUUGCUGUGAGCUUUCAAUAUUUUCGCAUCACUUAUUAAGCAUGCAUGCAAUGUGUAUUGUGCCUUAAAAUCCAUUUUCGUAUAUUUAGGGCAUAUAUUAAUAUAUUGAGACUUAGACUGGCACUUGUAUGUGUGUUCAUUAAUGAUUAUUAAAUCUCUUGUUAAUAAAAUAUAUUUAUUAAGUAUUUAGUGUUUAUAAUUUAAAUGGAGAAUUGUUACUAUUGUUCUAUUGUCUAAAAGUGAUGUCUAUGAGGCUAGUGUUCUAAUACAAUAAAAGUCUAAAUUUGAUAUAUGUA